AUGGCGCCUCAAACAAAAGACGAGGUCGCCGACGAGAACGAGUUCGUCGGGUUUGACGAGGAGAGCGAUGAGGAGAUGCACAACAACGACGAUAUGUCGGUAGACGAAGAUGAGGAGGACGACUCCGAUAUGGACUCGAUUGCCGACCCCAGGAAAAAGUACGAGAUUGACGAAAAGGACUCCGACGAAGAAGACCUCGAACGAUUUGCCCUCGUCAAGGCCGACGGUCAAGAUGAUACCACCGGUCUCGAACACGUCGAUGAUAAUGCCCUGUUCGCAUUCGAUACUGGUGUCCCCGGCGACAAGAAGCAGGCAGAGGCCGCGCCCUCAGCACUAGAGGCUUACGAGCAAAAGGAGGAGCCCCCAGCGUGGGAGGACAGCGAUGACGAGCGGUUGACAGUAUCCCUUGCGGCUGCCUCGCGGUUGCGCAAGCUGCGUCAGUCCGAAGAGGAGGAUGUCGUGAACGGAACAGAGUACGCGCGCCGCCUGCGCUCGCAAUACCUCCGACUAUACCCCCUUCCCGAGUGGGCCAAGGAAUCCUCGGCCGCCAGCCAGCGCCGCAGGAGAAGAUCCUCAGCCGCCGGCUCGUCCUCCGAGGACGACAGCGACGCCGAAGACAACAUCGAUUCCGCCCUCCCUCUCGAGACCUUCCUCCGCGACGUCAACUCUUUCAACGCCAGCAAUGACGGCCGUGGCAGCAAGCGCCGCAAGCUGCGCCCUGAGACCAUCGACAUCCAGCGUUCGCGCGACAUCCCCGACAUCCACAAGCAGUCCGUCAGCUCGCUGUCCUUCCACCCCAAGCACCCCAUCCUGCUCUCGUGCAGCGUCUCCUCCGUCAUGUACCUGCACCAGGUCGACCCGACGGCGCACCCGGUCCCGAACCCGGCCCUCACCUCGGUGCAAGUCAAGCGCACCGACCUUCGUCGUUCCGAGUUCUUGGGUCCCGACGGCGACGACAUCAUCUUCGCCGGUCGCCGGCGCUACUUCCACAGCUGGAACCUAUCCUCGGGUGCCGUCAAGAAGGUCACCCAGAUCCAGGGCCACCAGCGCGAGCAGCGCACCAUGGAGCACUUCCGCCCAUCCCCCUGCGGUCGCUACCUGGCGCUUAUUGCCUCGGAGAAGAAGGGCGGCGGCAUGAUCAACAUCGUCAACGUGCGCACGAUGCAGUGGAUCGCGCAGGCGCGCACCAACGGCCGUGGCGGCAUCUCCGACUUCGCCUGGUGGGGCAACGGCAACGGCCUGUCCAUCCUCGGCAAGAACGGCCAGGUCACCGAGUGGAGCAUGCUCAGCCGGCGCACCGUCGGCGUCUGGCGUGACGAGGGCUCGAUCGGCGGCACGGUGAUUGCGCUGGGCGGGCAGAAGGGUACCGGCCCUAGCCAGCUUGGCGGUGAUCGCUGGGUGGCUGUUGGCUCAAAUAGCGGUAUUCUCAACAUUUACGACCGUAACGAGCUGGUUGAGUCUGUGAAGAAGGAGAGUGGCUCGUCGGAGGAGACGGUGCAGAUCAAGAGCAUCCCCACCCCGCAGAGGACGUUUGGCAUCUCCACGACGCCCAUCUCCGUGGUGACGUUCGCGCCGGACGGUCAGCUGUUGGCUUUUGGUAGCUUCCAUAAGAAGGACGCGCUGAGGCUGGUGCACUUGCCUAGCUGCACCGUGUAUAGGAACUGGCCUACGGAGCAGACGCCGUUGGGCAGGAUUACGGCUGUGGCGUUCAGCCAGCAGAAUGGUGGGGAUGUGUUGGCGGUGGGUAACGAUGUGGGCAAGAUCAGGAUGUGGGAGAUCAGGAGUUAG